AAGAAAGAUUUGAAGUGGGAGAAGGGAACUUCCCCGUUGUCACCCCGCUAUUAGCUUAGAAGUACAGAAAACCCCACCAACCCCAAUUGGCGCUUACAUAGUAAGAAGAGAGAAAAAAAAAUAUUACUUCCCUUUUUUUCUUCUCGCCCUCUUUUAUCCUUCCUCCGUAAAACUCCUCUUCAACGUAUAAAAAAGUUUUCGUUUCUUCAUUGAAACGAUUCUCCUGACUGUUUUUCUUCUCAACACACUAUCCAUUGAUUCUCGUCUCAUCUUUACACAAUGGCUGCGACCAGUUCCACCUAUGCUCUCUCCCAAGAGCACAAGGACCUGCUCGAGAGGUCUCUCCUCGACUCUGACCCGGAAGUGGCAGAGAUUAUGAAAAAAGAGAUUAAGCGACAGCGAGAGUCUAUCAUUCUGAUUGCUUCCGAGAAUGUUACCUCGCGCGCUGUCUUUGAUGCCCUGGGAUCUCCCAUGUCCAACAAGUACUCCGAAGGUUACCCUGGUGCUCGUUACUACGGUGGAAACCAGCACAUUGACGAGAUCGAACUCCUAUGCCAGAAGCGAGCUCUUGAGACCUUCCACGUCGAUUCGGAGCAUUGGGGUGUCAAUGUUCAGUGCCUCAGUGGUAGCCCUGCCAACUUGCAGGUCUACCAGGCUCUCAUGGCACCGGGAGGUCGACUAAUGGGUUUGGAUCUCCCUCACGGUGGCCAUUUGAGUCAUGGUUACCAGACUCCCUCCAGAAAGAUCUCGGCCGUCUCAACUUAUUUUGAGACCAUGCCCUACCGAGUGAACACCGAUACUGGAAUUAUCGACUAUGACAGACUGGAAGAGAACGCUCAGCUGUUCCGUCCCAAGAUCCUUGUUGCUGGUACUUCCGCUUAUUGCCGCGAGAUCGACUAUGCGCGCAUGAGGAAGAUUGCCGAUUCUGUCGGAGCUUACCUUGUUGUUGACAUGGCUCAUAUCUCUGGCCUAAUUGCUGCCGAAGUCAUCAAGUCUCCUUUCCCCUAUGCCGACAUCGUCACCACCACCACGCACAAGUCACUCCGUGGCCCCCGUGGCGCCAUGAUCUUCUUCCGCAAGGGUGUCCGUAGCACCGAUCCCAAGACUGGCAAGCAGACUCUCUACGAGCUUGAGCCUGCUAUUAACUUCUCUGUCUUCCCUGGCCACCAGGGCGGUCCUCACAACCACACCAUCACCGCUCUCACCGUCGCCUUGAAGCAAGCUCAGACCCCUGAAUUCAAAGCGUAUCAAGAGAAGGUUGUCUCUAACGCUAAGACCCUUGAACACAAACUGAAGGAGCUCGGCUACAAGCUAGUAUCCGACGGCACGGACUCUCACAUGGUUCUGCUUGACUUACGGCCCCAGGCUGUGGAUGGCGCCCGUAUCGAGGCUGUCCUUGAGCAAAUCAACAUUGCUUGCAACAAAAAUGCCACUCCGGGCGACAAGUCUGCUUUAACGCCUUACGGUAUCCGCAUUGGCACUCCUGCCAUGACCUCGCGUGGCUUCGGCGAAGAGGACUUCGUGCGUGUUGCCGGUUAUAUCGACGACAGCAUCAAGAUUGCCAAGGAACUCCAGGCUAGUCUUCCCAAGGAGGCUAACAAGCUGAAGGACUUUAGGGCUAAGGUGACUGCUGGUGACAUCUCUAAGAUCAACGAACUCAAAAAGGAGAUUGCCACCUGGUCCGAGACCUUCCCUCUCCCUGUUGAGGGUUGGAGAAUGGAUGCUGGCAUCUAAACACUACAGGUACGAAUGAAUUAUGAGACGAGAGAGGGUUUAGUGUUCAACAGAUAGACACGAAGGCGAUAAAGGGGCAACUCAACUUUCUCUGGUUUGUGGAAAUGGGCUGGGUAUGAUUCAAAAAAGAUAGAGAUGGCAAAAGUCAACAAUUGCAUGCAUUCAUCAGGCGUUGCAAAUAUCAUGAGAGCUCCGGAGUUUGGUAAUAGCUCUUCGGGGUUUGGGCUAUUCGACGGUACUGCUUCAACGCGGUAAAUUAUAGGGGACUGAUUAUUUAAAUGACCAUGUUUCCGUGUAAUAAAUUCGAGGUAGCAAAAUACUCUCAGCUGGGUAGUUUUCAAUAGAAGAAGACAAGCUACGAUUCAA